AUGAGUGAAGAGUUGAAGGAGCCAAAAAACAGAGCCCCUUUACCUAAUUUCAGCCAUCUAGUUUAUGACCUUUUCGAAAAAUUGGAUACAUGUGUCAAAUCGCCUCAUAUUCCUGAAUCUCUCAGAAGUCGAAAGACCAAGAUAAUAGAGCAGUUUGUCCAAAAAUGGAGAUUUGAGAUAGGUGAUAACAUAUAUCCUGCCUCAAGACUUAUUUUUCCCAAUUUAGAUAAGCGUCACUAUAAUAUCAAGGAUUUUACAUUGAUCAAGUUCAUAUUGGACAUCUUCCAAGUUCCAAAAGACUCCGAAGAUACGAAGAUUUUACGUAACUGGAAAGGGAAGUAUGAGAAUAGAAUGCGCUCCAACAAAAAUGAUCUAGCUCAAUUACUCACUGGAGUUAUUAAAGCUAGGAGAGGUGCUGUUUUGGAUCGGCCAGAAAUUUCUAUUGACAGACUGAACGAACUUUUGGAUACAAUGACUCGCCCUGAAACAAAACCGUCUGACCAAAAAAAGAUUUUGACGGAGAUUUUCAAUCAUGUAGAUAAUAUUGAACUGAAAUGGUUUCUUCGGAUCCUACUGAAAAGGAAGUUAAUGGGUGGUAUGGAUUUUACUUUUUUUAGGCAGUGGCAUCCAGAUGCUGUAGAAUUACUUCAACUGGUUAAUGACCUGAAAACUGUAUUCUGGGAACUGACUGAUCGGUUGAUUCCAUUGCCUGAAGCGGGCAGAGUCAUCAGAGUUGGGCGUGCAUUCAGGCCUCAACUGGCAAUGCGACCCAAUAGAACUUACGAUCAAAUAGCUACUCUAUUUGACAAUAAUUUCUACAUUGAAGAUAAACUAGAUGGCGAACGGAUUUUGAUACACAUCAGCUUGAAUGACACAACCCAACAACAUGAAUUCAAGUACUUUUCAAGGAGUGGAACUGACUAUACAUAUUUAUACGGGUCAAACUACGAAGAAGGUGCAUUCUCUCCUUUCAUCAAAGGUUGCUUCAUAGAUCUCAAAGAUGACACAAAAGAAAUCCGAUCUAUGGUUUUGGAUGGGGAGUUUCUCGUUUAUGAUAACAAAAGAAAUGUUAUUCUCCCCUUUGGGGCUCUCAAGAGUGCCAGUUUAACGAGAUUGAUGGAGGAGAAAAACGAUUCGGAAGACUCUCAAGAGACGCAAGUGUAUUUCGUUGUUUAUGAUCUUGUAUUCUUAAAUGGUACAUCAUUUCAAGACAAAGCUCUCAAGGUAAGGCGGAAUUUACUGAAUAAAAUUCUUGCAAAUCCAAUCCCUAACAGAAUAGAAGUUAUCAAAUACACGGAGGGUCAUGUCGGAUCGGAUAUCGAAGCUGCCAUGAGAAGUGCUAUACACGACAAUCGUGAAGGAAUCGUAGUGAAGAAUCCAAAAUCAAAGUAUUAUAUUGCAUCCAGAAAUCUCAACUGGGUCAAGAUAAAACCUGAGUACUUGGAAGAAUUUGGAGAAAAUAUAGAUUUGAUUAUUCUAGGCAAAAGAAAAGGACUGAAAAACGCCUAUAUCUGUGGACUCAGAGAGAGUCUUGGUAAUGACCGGUACAGAUUCUUGUCACUGGCCAGAAUUGCCAAUGGAUUUACAGGGCAAAUGUAUGAAGAAAUUGAACAUUCACUGGGGAGUAAAUGGGUCAAUAUAAGGAAGACGCAACCACCUUAUCCAUACAUUGAUCUCGGAGAGAUAUCAUCGAUGGUGGACUAUUGGGUUGAUCCCAAAGAAUCUGUCGUUUUAGAGAUCAAGGCUCGUUCAAUUGAUAUUGGUGAUGGCGGGAAACGUUACGCAGCUGGUACCACUCUUUACAAUGCGUAUUGUGUAAGAAUUAGAUCUGAUAAAGACUUCUUAUCAUGUUCGACUUUUGCAGAUUACAAAGAAAUAAAAACUUCAAAGAGUAGACACAAAACAGAGAAAACACACAGUCUAAUGAGUAAACGAAAGAGGACAAUAGUCACUGAACCAAUUCUCGCUAAACAAAGUGUAUCUUCGAAGAGCAGCAUAUUCAAGGAUUACAUCUUUUAUGUUUUAAGUGACAUGUUGGGUGAAAAACGAUACUCUAUUGCUCAGCUGGAGGCUUUGCUGGUCGAGAAUGGUGGCAGAAUAACUAAGAAUGAUUGCGUAGCUCUUGCAGAUGGCGAGAGGCUUGUUUUACUUAGUGACAAGAUUACUUUCAAAGUCACAGAGUACUUUAAUAAAGGUCUAAAUGUCUUUCGACCAGGCUUCAUUCUGAAGUGUCUUCAGCUGAAAACUAUAAUUCCUCUACAAAUUAACGACAUAUUACUGGCGGAUGAGUCUUUGAUAGAAAAGGUAAAGAAAAACUCCGACCGAUUUGGGGAUAGUUAUACCUCUCCCAUUGACCGUAAGGAGUUGCGAAUGCUUAUGAAAGGUAUACCUAAGAUAAAGUUAGAACACCCACUAAAAUUUCCACUACUGUACAACUUGUUCAAGGGCCUGAAGUUUUAUAUCGCAAGACCAUGCUAUAGAUCUCCAUUUCUGACAAAUGUUAUGAGUCCAUACUUGUUAGAAGUAAUAGUGAUUCUAGGAGGAUUUCUUACAACUGAUAUUUUCCAAUGUUCAUUUAUAAUCGUGGAUACUUCCACCACAUUCAACUAUUCCUGGUUGACUGAGGAGGCGACCAUACAGGAUGAAGUUGGGUCUCUAAGAAAAAAGCUGGGUGAUGAUCUACCAAUCGUCAAAGGUGUUCUAGAUAAAGUACCCCGGAUAGUAGAGAAAGAGUGGGUGUUCAAAUGUAUCCAGGAAGGGACAAUCGUUGCUGCGGAUGGCUAUAACUAUAUCGGUUAA